UCCAGUCAUCGCUCGAAUUUCUGGUUUCUAGAAACGGGUUGCUGCAGAAAAUUUUGAAUCUGCCCAUUCUUCUGGCAUUUUCAGUAAUUUCAUUUCUUGGUCCUUCAUGGCAUGUCAAGAGUGAUUCUUUCUUCUUCUAAAUAUAUUUUGUAUUGCACGUCAAGAACGAUGUGCACCACACAAGAGGUUCUUAAUAAAGGCUAGUUUAGUUGAAUGAUAGUCAUAGCGGAAACGGAGCAAUGAGCCACCGUCAAUCUGCCCUGGGGAGACCAUCUUCAGGUAAAAAGAGAUUGAAGGAUCUUUUGGUUCAACGUGAUAAUCGUUUAUGUGCAGAUUGUGGUGCUCCAGACCCAAAAUGGGCAUCAUCAAAUAUUGGAGUUUUUUUAUGCUUGAAGUGCUGUGCUGUCCACAGAAACCUUGGCACGCAUAUUUCAAAGGUUUUGUCUGUGACAUUGGAUGAAUGGUCUGAGGAUGAAAUUGAUGCAAUGAUGGAGGUUGGUGGAAAUGCAUCUGCAAAUUCUAUCUAUGAGGCUUAUCUUCCUGAAGGGGUGAAAAAGCCAAGACCAGAUGCUCCCCACGAUGAGCGCACAAAGUAUAUUAGGUCUAAGUAUGAGCUUCAAGAAUUUUUAAAACCUAGCCUGCGUAUUAAGUCCGGUCCUUCCUCAAAGCAAUCCUUACAAGCAAGUUUAUCCGGGAAGAAAAUGAAUGAGAGGAAGGGUUCAAUGGAUAACAAAACAGUAUCAUCAAUGAAUGCGAAUGGCGUGUCGGAAUUUAUCGGGAUGUUGAAGGUUAGAGUACUUAAGGGCACAAACUUAGCAAUUCGAGAUAUGCUAUCUAGUGAUCCGUAUAUUAUCUUGACGCUUGGCCAGCAGAAAGUGCAAACAAGUGUGGUAACGAGCAAUCUGAAUCCUGUGUGGAAUGAGGAACUUGAUCUUGCUGUUCCACAAGAUUACGGCUCGAUAAAACUGCAAGUUUAUGAUCACGACAUGUUCUCCGCGGAUGAUAUAAUGGGGGAAGCGGAGAUAGAUAUUCAACCAAUGAUAACAUCGGCAUUGGCGUUUGGAGAUGCUACAAUGUUUGGAGACAUGCAGAUUGGGAAAUGGCUGAAAUCAUAUGACAAUGCUCUUAUAGAAGAUAGCACUGUGAACAUUGUUGCUGGGAAGGUGAAGCAGGACCUAUGGCUCAGGCUCCAGAAUGUAGAAUCUGGAGAGGUGGAACUUGAACUAGAGUGGACUCCCCUCCUCGACCAAUAGAUCCAUCACAUUACUAUAGUUGUAUGUAUAUAACAUAUUCAUGCUUAUUCCAAUCCUUUCGCCUUCAUCAUCCUAUUUCUUAUUGGAAAAUAAAUUACCUAAUUUAGGAUGUCUUUCUUUCUUUUGUUUUUUUUGCCAAUAUUCAUAUGUUAGUAUUUUUUAAAAGAAGAAGUUUUGAUGUACUGUUUCAUUUUAUUUUUGAAAAAAUAAAUGUAUGAAAGAGUACUUGAGCCCGAGGAGCCUUUGUGUA